AUGGCAAAGGACGAUGGCACCUCCGUUGACCCUCGGCAAAUGAGGGUUACGCCUCGGAUACGCUAUAACACUAUCGGGGGUGUGAAUGGUCCAUUGGUCAUCCUAGAGAAUGUUAAAUUUCCCCGCUUCAAUGAAAUCGUCUCCCUCACCCUCCCCGACGGCACCGAGCGAAGCGGCCAAGUCCUCGAAGCCCGAGGCAACCGCGCCGUGGUGCAGGUCUUCGAGGGAACGAGCGGCAUCGAUGUCAAGAAGACGAAAGUCGAAUUCACCGGCCACAGCCUGAAAUUGGGCGUGAGCGAGGACAUGUUGGGCAGAAUCUUCGACGGCAGUGGAAGGGCUAUUGAUAAAGGUCCCAAAGUGUUGGCUGAGGACUACCUGGACAUCAAUGGAUCGCCCAUCAAUCCAUACGCGAGGUUGUACCCCGAGGAGAUGAUUUCGACUGGUAUCAGUGCGAUUGAUACGAUGAACUCCAUCGCCCGAGGACAGAAGAUUCCCAUCUUCUCCGCUGCCGGUCUUCCUCAUAAUGAAAUCGCCGCGCAGAUCUGCAGACAGUCGGGUCUGGUGAAGCAGCAGGAACAGCAGCAGAGGGAGGUGAAUAAAGGUGUGCAUGAUGAUCACGAUGACAAUUUCAGCAUUGUUUUCGGUGCUAUGGGUGUGAACUUGGAGACCAGCCGCUUCUUCACGAGGGAUUUCGAGGAGAAUGGGAGUAUGGAGAGGGUUACUCUUUUCUUGAACCUGGCCAACGAUCCUACCAUCGAACGUAUUAUCACGCCCCGUCUUGCUCUCACAACCGCCGAGUACUACGCCUACCAGCUGGAGAAGCACGUCCUCGUCAUCUUGACGGAUAUGACAUCCUACUGCGACGCCCUUCGUGAGGUCUCGGCUGCCAGAGAAGAAGUACCUGGUCGUCGUGGAUACCCAGGUUACAUGUACACGGAUUUGUCCACCAUCUACGAGCGCGCCGGUCGUGUGGAAGGCCGCAACGGCAGUAUCACGCAGAUCCCCAUCUUGACCAUGCCCAACGAUGACAUCACCCACCCCAUCCCCGACCUAACGGGCUACAUCACCGAAGGCCAAAUCUUCGUCGACCGCCAGCUCCACAACAAGGGCAUCUACCCCCCCAUCAACGUCCUCCCCUCCCUGUCCCGGCUGAUGAAAUCCGCCAUCGGCGAAGGCCACACCCGCAAAGACCACUCGGAUGUCUCCAACCAACUCUACGCCAAAUACGCCAUCGGGCGCGACGCCGCGAGCAUGAAAGCCGUGGUGGGCGAGGAGGCGCUGAGCAACGAGGAUAAAUUAUCUUUGGAAUUUUUGGAGAAGUUCGAGAAGGGGUAUAUUGCCCAGGGGGCGUAUGAUAAGCGGUCUAUUUUCGAUGGCCUGGAUCAGGCGUGGGAGUUGUUGAGGAUUUAUCCUAAGGAGUUGUUGAAUCGGAUUCCGAAGAAGGUUUUGGAUGAGUGGUAUGGAAGGCAGGAGAGGAAGAAGGAGGGUGCUGACAAGGAUACGAGGGACGGCGAGGAGGAGGGUCAGGGUAAGGGGAAGCAGAAUGGGCAGCAGCAGAAUGGGGAGGAGGAGAGUUUGAUAUAG